AAACCUCGUGAAUUACUCUCAUCGCACCUGUCUGCCUCAAAACCCACUGACAAAACCCACUUCUCUUUGAACCCUCCCAUCGCCCCUCUCAGCUUCAAUUUUUUAAUGGAAUCGCUUGCCAUUUCUUUUACAACCGCAUUCUCCUUGCCCUCACUCCAGAUUUCUAGUCCCGUUGGGCACAAGCCUCGAUCGGUCUCGUUCGCUUUAACUCGCCGGCUGCAGGUACGGUGCGCCGCGGAGACCAUGAGCGCAUCGCACGCCGAUGGAGUGGCGGAGAAGGCGAAGGAGACCAAGCUCUGGGGCGGUCGGUUCGAGGAGAGCGUAACCGAUGCAGUGGAGCGAUUCACCGAGUCGAUCUCAUUCGACAAGGAGCUGUACAAGCAGGAUAUCAUGGGGAGUAGGGCCCACGCGUCGAUGCUAGCCAAACAGGGAUUGAUGAGUACCAGUGAUAGGGAUAGUAUUCUUCAAGGUCUCGAUGAAAUUGAAGGGAAGAUUAAAAGUGGGGACUUUGUUUGGAGAACUGAUAGGGAGGAUGUGCAUAUGAACAUUGAAGCAGCACUUACUGAUUUGAUUGGGGAACCUGCCAAGAAACUCCACACAGCUCGGAGCCGAAACGAUCAAGUUUUGACAGACUUUCGUCUGUGGUGUCGUGAUGCCAUUGAUAAGAUUGUUGCAUGCAUCAAACAUCUUCAGGCUGCACUGGUGAUCUUGGCUUUGAAAAAUGAUGGCCUUAUUGUUCCUGGUUAUACGCAUUUGCAAAGGGCUCAACCAAUUUUACUGCAACAUCUUCUCAUAGCAUACAUUGAGCAGCUUGAACGUGAUGCUGGCCGUUUACUAGAUUGCAGAGCUAGGCUGAAUUUCUGUCCUUUAGGUGCAUGUGCACUGGCUGGCACUGGCCUUCCCAUUGAUCGAUUCAUGACUUCAGAUGCUUUGGGAUUCACUGCUCCCAUGAGGAACAGUAUUGAUGCAGUUUCAGACCGAGAUUUUGUUUUGGAGUUUCUUUCUGCUAAUUCCAUCACGGCCGUUCAUCUUUCUCGGCUUGGUGAAGAAUGGGUACUGUGGGCUUCAGAGGAGUUUGGGUUUAUCAUCCCAAGUGAUGCCGUUUCCACAGGAAGUAGUAUAAUGCCCCAGAAGAAAAAUCCAGAUCCAAUGGAACUUGUUCGUGGAAAGUCUGCCAGAGUCAUAGGAGAUCUGGUUACUCUUCUCACAUUGUGCAAAGGGCUUCCCCUUGCCUACAAUAGGGAUUUGCAGGAAGAUAAGGAACCUGCAUUUGACAGUGUAAAGACAAUUUUGGGGAUGCUUGAAGUGUCAGCAGAGUUUGCACAGAACAUUACCUUCAAUCAGGAGAGAAUACAAAAGGCUUUACCUGCUGGUCAUCUUGAUGCCACAACACUUGCUGAUUAUCUUGUGAAAAAGGGAGUACCUUUCAGAACUUCUCAUGAUAUAGUUGGAAGGUCUGUCGCCUUUUGUGUCUCAAAAGGCUGUCAGCUUCAGGACCUGCAACUUGAUGAGCUGAGAAGUAUAAGCUCGGUGUUUGACGAGGAUGUAUAUGAGUACCUUGGAGUAGAAAAUGCAGUUAAGAAAUUCAGCUCGUAUGGAUCCACGGGAUCAGAGUGUGUAUCCAGCCAACUUGGCUACUGGGUUACUAAGCUUGGAAUCAACUGAGUCUGAAUCUAGGAAUAAAUGGCAUAGGAGAGAUUAAUCAUGUAGUUGGAAAGCCAUAUCUGGGGUCUUGGAAAUGGUGCUGCAGCGGGAAUAAAAGACUGGGUUUAUGUUAUGAGCCAAGAUGCGAACAUUAUUGGUAGGGGGAUAUGCUAUGGUGUUGGUGAUGCAAGAGCAAUGCUUGUUGUAAGGAAAAGUAUUUAAUGACCCCUUGAUAAGAUUCUGUCUUCCAUUUCAUAGUUGUUAUUAGGCAAAAUGUGAUGAAAUUGGUUUUCAAGAUCA